AUGGCACCUCAAAAACCACUUCUCCCCAUCGCCGAGGCCCGAAAGGGCCAUCCUUAUUCAACGUUUCGUGCUCGCAGCACCACCACUCCCCCCACCACCACCAUCAGCCCUGUCCCGCCCCGUCCCCAAUCUCCUCCCCGAGGCCGGCCCCAAGCCACCUCCAGAAUCCCAGUCGCAACUGGGAGCAGUGUGGCUCGCACCAACAGCAGCAGCAGCAGCAGACGGAGGGUCCCCCGGACGAGCCCGCCAUUGGCGCCCCUCGGGAGCAACAGCAGCAGCAGCAGAGCCGCCGCCGCCGCCCGUCCCACCACCACCACCACCGCCACCACCACCAUCACCAACAUCACCACCGCCGCCGCCGACCCAACCACUGCCCCGGUGUCCGGCUCUCAUACCUUCUUGCCACUUCAGUCACUUGGCAGUGGUCCCUGCCCCGCCCCCGCCCCAGCCCCCGCACCAACCCCGGCCCUCACCAGCAACCCCGGCCAUAACCCCGACGACACCACCCCUCCGACCAACUCCCAGGACAAGGAGAGGGCGGCAGAAGUCCCUCUUUGGGAUAUGUGGCUUUCGGUGUGCGUGGGCUUGGUGCCCUUGGUCGGUUCGUUCCGUGUGGCUGAGACAGAGCCAGAAGGGCCUCAGAGGGCCGGUUUUCAAGUGCUCUCGGUAGCGUUGGUCAUGAGUUACGCUCUGACCGGAGCCGUUCUUCUCUGCCGGCUGGACCUCUGCCGGCAUAAUUCCCACGACCGCCUCUAG